CGUCGUCGAACGCCAAGUGGCGAGCUCUCACGGAACGGACACAAGUCGCAAGCGAAGCGAGGCGUGUCAGGACGACCCAGAACCGAGCGUAGUUGAUAUAGGACCAGUCUGUGAUAAGACUAGGCCUCGCACGAGCGGCAAGAUUGUACUGGGUUAACCUUGAUUGACAAGUGUUACCAUACCACUAAAUCUUGACGGCUUCCCUUCAUUUCCAGCCACCCUCUCAACCCCGGAUCUCGACCCCAGACCCCACAUUCCGCUUGGACUGCCUUCAAGGACCAUGUCGAUCUCGAUGGACAAUCACGACUACAGCCCAAAAGCCUUUCAAUGCGCGGAAAACGUGCUCCCUCCUGAACACUUCGGGGUGAACCUCGACCCAGAGACGUCCCGGCUCGUCCAGGACGAAGGAGCUCUCACCGCAGCCUUCGGUCCGGCUACUUUACAUGAGUUCGUCAAGAAUCGAAUCGUGUUCGCGUGCGCCUUUGCCGCUUGUAUAGGAGGCUUCUCGUUCGGCGCCAACCAAGGUCUCAUAUCCAUCAUCCUGGUCAUGCCUCAGUUCUUACGGACGUUUCCCGAGACGGACAGCGCUGUGACAAGCGGGGCGAGUUUCAACAAAGGUCUCAUCACGGCCAUGCUCGAAAUGGGCGCUUUCGUCGGGGCGCUCUUCGCCGGGAUCGUAGCCGACAAGUAUUCGAGAAAGACGUCCAUCGGCGUUGGAGUACUCUGGUUCUUGGCGGGCGCCGCGCUCCAGACGACGUCCUUUUCGUACUCUCAGAUGGUAGUAGGGCGUACCGUGGGUGGGAUAGGGAUCGGUUUCCUAUCCUCGACGGCGCCGAUGUACGUCUCCGAGAUUUCGCCGCCCAACAUCAGAGGUUCUCUCUUGGCUCUGGAAGGGUUUAUGAUCGUGCUCGGCGUGGUGGUCGCAUACUAUGUGACUUAUGCGACGCGUUAUAUCACUUCCGACUGGUGUUUCCGACUGCCAUUUCUUUUACAAAUUAUUCCAGCCAUCAUUCUCGGUAUCGCCAUCUACUUUCUACCCUAUUCACCUCGAGAGCUCGCCGGAAAAUCAAAGGACCAACGAUGCCUUGACGUACUUGUGCGACUGCGAAAUCUUCCUAUCAGCGACCCCAGGAUACAGGCCGAAUGGAUCACAAUUCGAGCCGAAGCCGUGCACAAUCGCGAAGCGUUCUUGGAGAGGCAUCCCACGCUCGGUGGUCCUGGAUGGAUGAUGGAGUUGAAGCGAGAGAUUUAUGGCUGGAUCGACCUUUUCAAGCCGGGCGUCAUCCGACGUACCCACGUCGGCAUGGGCAUAGCAUUCUUCCAACAGUUCUGCGGAGUGAAUGCGCUCAUCUACUACAGCCCGACGUUGUUCGAACAGUUUGGUCUGAACUUCGAACUUCGUCUCGACAUGGGUGGCGUUCUGAAUCUCGUUCAGCUCGUCGCCGUCGGCAUCACCUUUUUCGUCCUAGAUAGAUUCGGUCGACGUUUUUGGCUGUUACAAGGGUCCUGCGGCAUGAGCAUCUCGCACAUCGUGAUCGCCGUCCUCGUCGCGAAAUUCUCAUCCAACUGGGCGGGCAACAAGGCUCAGGCUUGGGUUUGUGUCGCCUUCAUGUUCGUGUUCAUGCUCUCGUAUGGAGUCUCGUGGAGUCCUAUCGCCUGGUCCCUGCCUUCAGAAGUUCAUACCUCUUCAUACCGAGGCAAAGGAGUGGCCUUGGCAACCGCUGUCGUAUGGAUCUCCAACUUUGCCAUCGGUCUGGCGACGCCUCCGCUCAUCAGUAAUACUGGUUAUGGAACCUUUGUCUUCUUUGCCGCUUUUUCGGUACUUUCUGGCGUGUGGACGUACUUUUGUGUCCCAGAGACCAAGGGUGUGGCAUUGGAGCAAAUGGACGUGCUCUUCAAGAGUCAUACGGCCGCUCAUGACCAGUUCAUCCGCAACGAAAUCCUAUCAUCGAUGCUUGCAGACGACACGUCUCCGAGACGAGACCUUGCGCCUGCGCCUGUCAAGGACAAGAAGACUGGUUCUGCUGCUACUGGCACCCAAGAAUGGAUCGAGCAGUCAGAUUUCGCGGAAAGUAGUACUAGCAGACGAGUGUAAUCGAAGAGCGUGGUCCAACCGCGAAUCAGAUAUCCAGCCUGUAUCCGCGAUCGUACUCGGAUCGAUGGCUACUAUCCAUUGUAGUAUCAAAUGUCGUGGCGAACCCGAGCACGAUGGUAGUCGUCGUGUACCA